AUGGAUGUGCUCUUGGAGGAACAAGAAAAGGCGAUGCUGUUGCAGGAGCAACAAGAAAGAGAGCUGAGACGUCCAAUGGGAGUCGCUCGUCGGGGUAUGUACGAAAGUCCAUGUCUGUGUCUGGCCAAAUCACCACCGCCCGGCUACCCUUACGUCGCAGACUCCCGUUUAGUUCCAAAUUCGCCCUUGCAGUAUCAUACACCUGUGCCCUCGCGUGGCGCUGAUCGUCCCCACAACCAGGCAGGCAACGCUCAGAAUAACGGACACCUGAGAUGGGUAAAGUCUUGGUCGGAAGCUCAAAGCACGGAUACAGAAACGAGACGGGUCAUCAAAGACGAGGUCAAUCAGGAGGACAUCAAAAAGGAGACCAAAGACGAGAUCAAGCACGAGAUCAAGAACAAGAUCAAGGACGAGAUCAAAGACGAGGUCAAAGACGAGGUCAAAGACAAGGUCAAGCAGGAGGAUAUCAAAAAGGACCCAGCUUCAGACUCGGAGGAAAGGAUGAGAGGGGAAGUUGGAUGGAGUUUCUUGUGA